CAACUUUUGGAUUUCCGUGAAGCUAUUAUCACGCAGCACAUGUUUUUACUAACGUGACGCCAUUUUCGCUCUCUCUCUCUAACACCGCUUACUCUGCAUGUGCCCUCUCUCACUUUCUCUCUCUUCUACUUUCUCUCUCUAACUUUCUCACUCUUCUUCUUACUACUAGCUGCUUACAAAAUACAGUUGCAGAAAAUCAAGUAAAACGAGAUCUUCGUUUUUUCAACCCUAUUUCUUCUGAUUCUGAUCCGAAAUGAAAACUAACAAAACUUCGAAUCCUGUUAUUACUUUCGAUCACAAGAGGGAUGCUUAUGGGUUUACGGUGAGGCCUCAGCAUCUGCAAAGAUAUCGUGAAUAUUCGAAUAUAUACAAGGAGGAAGAGGAAGAAAGGUCAGAGCGGUGGAAGUCAUUUUUAGAUAGGCAGGCAGAGGCGGAGUCUUUUGAAUUGGCCUCAAACAGGUCAGCCUUGGGAGAAGAUGAGAAAGUUUCUGGAGACGAGGUUGUUGGGGAAGAAGUUGGUCCGAGUUUAGAAAAGGGUGUUGAUGGACUUCAAACACUUGAAAAUGGAAGUCAAAAAGAGGUGUUACCGGAAUCUGAGGUGACAAGGAUUCAUAAAGUCCAGUUAUGGUCAACCAUUAGGUCAUCUCUUCAUAUUGUUGAGGAUAUGAUGAGCACACGUGUAAAGAAGAAAACUGCGUCAGUAAAAGAUGAAAGAAGCAAGAAUGGCGUGUCAAAAGACGAGCAGGUAGCUGAAACUGAGAAAACACUAUCUCAUACCGAUGAUGCUAAAUCAACAAAAGGAGCAUUUGAGGAAGACUCUGAGGACGAGUUCUAUGAUGUUGAAAAGUCUGAUCCUAGUCCAGAUUCUCCUCGUGUUGAUGGCUUGAGUACCUCUGCAAAUGGGAUUGCUGUUGACGCUGCACCACUAGAGGUUCCGUGUCCUUGGAUAGAAGAGUUGGAAGUUCUUGUUCGUGGGGGAGUGCCAAUGGCACUUAGGGGAGAGCUCUGGCAAGCUUUUGUGGGUGUCAAAGCAAGGCGGGUAGAGAAGUAUUAUCAGAAUCUACUUGCCUCCAAUGGUGAUUCUGAAAUUAAAAGUAAUCAUCAAAACUUGCAAUUAGAUGACAACGAUGGUAAAAUAAAUGCAGAACUCAUACUUGUACCAGAAAAAUGGAAAGGACAGAUUGAGAAGGAUCUGCCGCGGACAUUUCCUGGUCAUCCUGCUUUGGAUGAGGAUGGUAGAAAUGCUUUGAGACGAUUACUUACUGCAUAUGCUCGACACAAUCCCUCUGUUGGUUAUUGCCAGGCCAUGAAUUUUUUUGCUGGCUUAUUGCUGCUUUUGAUGCCUGAAGAAAAUGCCUUUUGGACCUUAAUGGGCAUUUUAGAUGAUUAUUUUGAUGGCUAUUUUUCAGAGGAUAUGAUAGAGUCUCAGGUGGAUCAACUUGUUUUUGAAGAGUUGGUACGGGAGAGGUUUCCCAAAUUGGCCAAUCAUCUAGAUUAUCUGGGAGUGCAAGUUGCAUGGGUUACUGGACCAUGGUUUCUUUCCAUUUUUGUGAACAUGCUUCCUUGGGAAAGUGUUCUUCGAGUGUGGGAUGUGCUUCUAUUUGAAGGAAACCGAGUCAUGCUAUUUAGAACUGCAGUUGCUUUAAUGGAGCUAUAUGGUCCAGCAUUGGUAACAACAAAGGAUGCUGGAGAUGCAGUAACUUUACUUCAGUCAUUAGCCGGCUCCACUUUUGAUAGCAGCCAGCUUGUAUUGACAGCUUGCAUGGGUUACCAAAAUAUAAAUGAAGUUCGAUUGCAGCAGCUGAGGAAUAAACAUAGGCCAGCUGUAAUAGCUGCAAUUGAAGAAAGAUCAAAAGGGCUUAAAGCGUUGAGGGAUGCCAAGGGUCUGGCAUCAAAGCUAUUUGAGAAAUCGAAUACUGUGCAAGUACUUGGGAAUUUAUCUCGUUCAGAAUCUGGUUCUACUAAUGCAGAUGAAAUAUUGAUCAGUCUGACUGGAGAGGGUGAGAUAGAUUCAGCUCCAGAUCUUCCAGAGCAGAUUGCAUGGCUGAAAGUUGAACUUUGCAGAUUAUUAGAAGAGAAGCGAUCAGCUAUUCUGAGAGCAGAUGAGCUUGAAACAGCAUUAAUGGAAAUGGUUAAGCAGGACAAUAGGCGGGAACUGAGCGCCAAGGUAGAGCGAUUAGAAGAAGAGGUUGCUGAGCUUAGACAAGCACUUUCUGAUAAACAAGAACAGGAAGCUGCAAUGCUUCAGGUUUUGAUGCGAGUGGAGCAAGAACAAAAGGUAACAGAGGAUGCCCGCAGGUUCGCUGAGCAAGACGCAGCUGCACAAAGAUAUGCUUCCCAAGUGCUUCAGGAAAAAUAUGAAGAAGCAACUGUUACACUUGCAGAAAUGGAGAAGAGAGCAGUUAUGGCAGAAUCUAUGCUUGAAGCUACAUUGCAGUAUCAGACUGGCCAAAAUAAACUGCUACCAUCUCCGCGAUCUUCACAGCCAGAAUCUCCAGGAUCUAGAAACAAUCAAGAGCCUACGACAGAUCUACCUACCAGGAGGAUAAGUUUACUUUCUCGUCCAUUUGGACUUGGAUGGGGUAACAAGGGUAAACCUACUAAUGUGGAAGAACCACCUGCGGGAGACAGUCCCAUCAGUCAACAUGAGGGCAAUGGCCUUAAAGUACAGCACGAGGGAAAUGGUCUUAAAGUACAGGAUGAGGGCAAUGGUCUUAAAGUACAGGAUGAGGUGGAAACAAGAUAGUAUCUUCCCCGGACGGUCUGAGGAGCAAGAAAUGAAGUUCCCUGUCUGUAAUUUUUGUUCUGGGUGAACAUAUAUUUUCAUAUUUCAUUAAUUGUUUGUUCUUUAUAAUGUCAUAGAAUUAUAGUUUUGGAAAGUAAUUGUACGGUUGAGAUCUAUUCUAUUAUGAUGCAUCUCACCUUUAUUUUUAUAUACAGAUCAUACACUCGAUGUGUUUUCAACA